CAGCCCCCCAGGAAGAUGCCAGGGCUGAUUAACCGGGUGACCCUGUCCCAGCUGCCCCUCAUCGCGUCCGAGGUGACCUCCUGUGUCAGUGGCUAUGCCUUGGGGAUGACAGCCCUGCUCACCUACCACAACCCAGACCCCCAGGCUCUGGAAGGGCUCUUUGUGUACCCCUUGGAUGAGGGCACAGCUGUGGUGGGCUUUGAGGCGGCCACGUCCCGGCGCACCGUGACAGUGCAGAUCAAAGACAAAGCCAAGAUGGAUGACUCCUGCUUCGACAGCUGCAGCCUCCCUCCUGGAAGGGAUGGAAGUGGAAGGAUUAUGAUGGAUGAGGACCUGGAGAGGAUUGUUUUUGUGGCCAACCUGGGCAUGAUUCCUCCCCUGGAAAGUGUCUCCAUCUUCAUCAGCACCUCCUCUGAGCUGCAGACACUGCCCAGCGGGGUGGUGAGGGUCCUUCUGCCGGCUGUGUGUGUCCCCAGGGUCCCCCAGCCCAGCCUGGAGAGUGCCAGCAGCUUUUCCAGCCACCAGCUCCGAACGGACAAGCUCUUCUGCGGACUGGGGAGCCUGGAGCAAGGGAGCAGGUUCUGCCUGGCUCAGCUGCUGGACACUGAGGCCACCAACCCCUUUGAGUACGAGUUCAGCUUCCACCUGGAGAUCAGAGGGCCGUGUUUGCUGGCAGGAGUUGAGAGCCCCACACACGAGAUCCGAGCGGACGCCGACCCCUCGGCCCGCUCUGCCAAGAGCAUCGUGAUCACGCUGGCCAACAAGCACACCUUCGACAGGCCCGUGGAGAUCCUGAUCCACCCGAGUGAGCCCCACAUGCCCCAUGUCUUAAUGGAAGAGGGUGACAUGACCCCUGCAGAGUACGAACAACACCUGAAGGGGAAGAACGAUUUCAUUAAAGGCACUAAGAAGGAUCCCAGUGCCAAGAAAAAGAUGGAAAUCAUCAGGAAGCGGCUGAACAAGGACAUCCCCCACCACGCAGUCGUCAUGCUCAACUUCUGCCCUGACCUGAGGACUGUGCAGCCAGGCCUGCAGGCAGCCCAGGGAGAGUUCAUCUUCCUGGUGGACUGCAGCAGCAGCAUGAGUGGAGUGAGCAUCGACCGUGCCAAGGAUGCCCUGCUGGUCAUCCUCAAGAGCCUGAUGCCAGCGUGUCUGUUCAAUGUCAUUGGGUUUGGAUCCACCUUCAAGACCCUCUUUCCUGUCAGCCAGGCCUAUUGUGAGGAGAGCCUGGCCAUUGCCUGCCAGAGCGUCAGGAGCAUCCGGGCUGAUAUGGGCAGCAUCAACCUCCUGUCCCCCCUCAAGUGGGUGAUCCGCCAGCCCCUCCACAGGGGCCACCCCCGGCUGCUCUUCCUGCUCACGGCCGGGGCCGUCAGCAACCCCGGGAAGGUUCUGGAGCUGCUGCGGGGCCACUCCUGCGCCACCAGGUGCUACAGCUUUGGCGUGGGGCCCAACGCCUGCAGGAGGCUGGUGCGGGGUCUGGCUGCCGUGUCCAGGGGCACCCCCGAGUUCGUGGCGGAGGGUGAGAGGCUGCAGCCCAAGAUGAUCAGGUCACUGAAGAAGGCCAUGGCACCGGCCCUGAGUGAUGUGUCCGUGGAGUGGGUGUUUCCUGAGAGCACCGAGGUCUUGGUGUCCCCUGCCAGCAGCAGGUGCCUGUUCCCUGGUGACCGCCUGGUCAGCUACAGCAUCGUCUGUGACACCUCCCUGUUCCUCUCCAACCCCAGAUCUGACAAGAGGCGGCGGUACAGCAUGAUGCACUCCCAGGAGUCGGGCAGCUCUGUUUUCUUCCACUCCCAGGAGGAGGGAGCAGGCUUGGAGAGCUGGAACCACUCCAGAGACUCGGAGGGCUCCUGCCCCACCGAGCCCUCCCCCGACCACCUGGGCGUGGGCAGAGAUCCCGGGGGAGAGUCGGACACGGACACGGGGAUGGACGUGCAGGCUCUGUCCAGGAGACGGGCGUACAGCACCACCCAAAUCUGCGAGCACGAGCCUCGCAGGAAGGUGCCCACAGCCAGCGACCCUGGCACAGCCCUGGUGAAAAACCCCCUGCGGAAAACCCACCUACAGGACCUGCAGCAGCUCAGCCCCGAGCCCUGGCAGCUGGAUUUGCAGCCCCUCCCGGCCGUCCCGCCCGGCCCCGCCGCCAGGACCCGCGGCCCGGGCGCCCGGCGCCCCGCGCUGCUCCAGCGCAGCGCUGUGUCCUCCUGCCACGACACCGCCGCCCCGGCACCCCCCGACGGGCUGCAGGAGCCCCCGGCGAGGGGCUGGGAAGCGCUCGAUGCCAGCACCAGCCUGCACUCCUCGUCAGACAGCCGGAGCCCCGCGGAUCUGGAGUCUGCCCAGCAUCCAUCCCUCACCUUUGAGACAGAGACCUCCUCCGACUGGGAGCCCCAGGACCUGGAUGUCGGCGCUACCUGCAGCUCCCCGCGCUCCCCCAGGACCCUCUGCAAGGCCGUGGUGAAGGGGCUGAGGAACAACGAGCCCGUGCACUGGGAAGUCACGUUUGACAUCCACCCUCUGUUCCAGGAGCGGGGGAGGCAGGAGGAUGGUGACACAGACCUGUGGAGUGAGACCUUCCACCACCUGGCAGCCAAGUCGCUCAUCCAGGAUUUCGAGCAGCUCGCUGAGAGGGAGUGUGAAAUCGAGCAUGGCUCUGGGCGGCGGUUCCAGCUCAGCGCUGUGCACACCAGCAAGGCCUGCAGUGUCAUCAGCAAGCACACAGCCUUCGUGCCCGUGGACCUGAGCACCAGCUCCUACCUGCCCACCCUGGUGCAGUACACCCACACAGGGGCAACAUCCAGGCAAGGCAACCAGAGGAAACAGAAGAGUUCAGGAAACAGAAGGCACCAUGGCUGUUCCCCUGGACGUCCUCAGUCAGCGUGUGGCCAGAACGGAGACUACGGAUUUUACAGCAUGAAUGCUGAGAGCAGCCCCUCACCCUCCAGCACCCCAUCCUCGUCUGCCUGGGAGCGCUGCCGUGUCCCUGAAGGGCCACUCCACAGCCUGUCUGCUUCCUCUGCAGAGGCCCAAAAAUCCAUCGAGAGGCUCUUUGCUGCCAGGCUGACCCUCAACAAAACCAUGCUGCUGGUUCGAGCUGCCAAAGGCUUCAUGAGUAAAUCUCCAAGCAGAGGGAGCGAAGCGGGCUCUGAGGGUGACAGUGAGAGCAUGGACUACCUCCCCCUGGUGUCCCUGCAGCUGGCCUGCGGUGCCUUCCUUCUGAAUUCUGCCUUCUGUGACGCCGUCAACAUCCCCAUGGAGAAGCUCAAGUGGACAUCGCCCUUCGCCUGCCACCGCCUGUCCCUCAGCCCCUCCGGCUCCUGCAGCACCAAGAGGAGCAGCUCCUCCUCGGAGCGCAGAACCCUGAGCUCCGGCCAGGAGCUGCCGCUCCCCAGCGGGCCGGGGCAGGGUUCCCCCGCCGGGGCCGCGGCUCAGGGAGCGGCGCUGGAGGGCGCCGGCCGCCCUCGGCACUUGUCGGGCAGCGCUGCCGAGAGCCUCUCCAGGGCGCUGCAAGCCCAGCAGGAGCUGCCCUCCCCGGCCAUCACCAUCCGCAGCUUCUCCUCCCCCGCUCCGAGCCGGGCCGGCAGCGCCCGCGGCUGGGACACCGACAGCUCCGAGCUGCAGGCGCUGCUCGCUGCCGUGGAGCUGCAGCGGCAGACGGAGCCUGAGGGGAUGCUGUGGGCCACGGCUGUGGCCCUGGCCUGGCUGGAGCACAGCUCGGCUUCCUUCUUCAUCGAGUGGGAGCUGGUGGCCGCCAAAGCCAGCGUGUGGCUGAGCGGGCAGCGCUUCCCGCAGGGAUCCAGCCUGGCCGCGGUGAGAGCCGCAGCCCAGCAGCUCUUCGUGCUGCUGCGCCACUGGGAUGAAAACCUGGAGUUCAACCUGCUCUGCUACAACCCAGGCAGUGUGUAAGAGCAGGAGGGAGGCUUGGGCAGAUCAGUGAGGGCACAGGAGCGGGGAUCCAGCCUUGGGGAAAUGCCUCCGAGGAGCUCAGCUGCUCUGCUGCAGGGAUGUGUGUGUUUAUCAGAGCAAACCCUGCAAACAGUGGCCCGGCCAAAAUCCUGCACUCAGCAGUCGGGAUUUUGUCCUGGAAGGGAACCUGCCACUGCCUGCAGCAGAUGCUUUUUAUUUUCAGCUGGAGCAGCACUUCCAGCUUGAGCAGUUCCCUCUGAUCCUGGUUUCUUCUGGUCCCAGCCCAGUUUCCAGAGCAGGUCUGGUGGCCUGCUCCGCUUGCCCUGUCCUUGCUUAGCUGCCUCUUCCCAGCCCUGAAUCACUGCCAAGCCCCCAGUGCAGUCCCUCAGCCCCGAACCCCUGUGUUCCUGAGGCUCCUGCCUGGCUCCUGCCAUCUGAGAUGGCUUUCAGAGAAGGCAAAGCUCAGACAACAUGCUCAUCUCAUGGAUCAAAGGGAAUCUGGGCUGGGAAUGACGGUGGGUAGAGCAGCCCUGCUGUCCCAGCCAGGUGGAUCAAGCCCAGCCAUGCCCAAACAAGCUGGGCCAGUUGGAGGCUGGGACCAAACCCCAUCUCAUCCACACGGUGCUGGGCUCCCUCAGGCCCUCUGCAAUCCCAGUAGGAGUUUGUGAGAUCCCUUGCAGCCAACGUGUGCCUUUGGAGCUUCACAGGCAGAGCCAGGGUGCCCGAGACUGGAGGAACAAGUGCCUAUGAAGGGAGUUCCCACUGUCUCCAGCGUGGGGCUGCGGUGCCCGUGGAGCCCAUCUGGAACCUGCUGCCUUUUGCUCCCUCCCUUGGCAUGUAGCAGCCUUGCCUGUCCCAGCAGGCUUCUGUCUUGUGUCUGUGUGUCCUGUGACACAGGAGGGAAACCAGUGCUGGGGACCAAGAGCAUCCCUCUGGUCUGUGCUCUGGUGUCACAUCACCAAUGUCCCCAGGACCAUGAGCACCCCUCUGGUCUGUGCUCUGGUGUCACCUUGCCGAUGUCCCCAGGACCAUGAGCAUCCCUCUGGUCUGUGCUCUGGUGUCACCUCACCAAUGUCCCCAGGACCAUGAGCACCCCUCUGGUCUGUGCUCUGGUGUCACCUCACCAAUGUCCCCAGGACCAUGAACACCCCUCUGGUCUGUGCUCUGGUGUCACCUCACCAAUGUCCCCAGGACCAUGAACACCCCUCUGGUCUGUGCUCUGGUGUCACCUUGCCGAUGUCCCCAGGA